AUUCACCAUUCAAAAAACACGGCCAUUAUGCAAACGUAUGCUCUUUUUUCUCUUUAAUAGCAAUGUAUUCCAAUUAUCCCCCCGCUAGAGUUGUACAAACUGGCCGAAAGAACGGAAGGUAGGAUUUUUAGAAAGGUGGAAGGUAUACGAUCUAAGAUCAUAUUUUGUUGCCUGUAAACUAAUCUUAAUGAAAUUUAUUUUUGCCCAGAUGAUCCGAUGGUUUCACCUCGAGAAAGAUACGAUGGGUAUGUAUGUUGCAAUUCCUUCCUUCCAAGCUAGUCAUGCGAGAUUUUAGACAAGGAAAAUUUGUUCAUGUGUACGACCACCAAGGAAAAUUUGACAAGUGUACAAGAAAUAUUUCUAUGGUUUUGGCAAACAAAAGAAAGGCGGCCUUGAUGUGAGAUAAAUGUUUAACAACAUUCCGUGCACAGGAGGUACAAAACUUGUCAAGGAAAACUUGUUGAUCGUACACACGAGAAUGUAAACUUGUCAAGGUACUUAGGGCCACUAGGGCGAAUAUGUAUGUAAUUAGUGUUACCCACGUUAAAUGUAUUGUGUUGUGUUGUGUUGUAUAAACUUGUGUUGUGUUGUGUUGUAACUUGUCAAGGUAUUGUAACUUGUCAACGUAUUUUUUUAAAUUUUUUUAAUUAGUUUUACAAUAAGAAAUUGAAGGCACAGACAACAGGACUAAUAAAGUCCCAGAUUAAGUCCUGCCAUACGCUAAACUAUGUUAUGCUAUACUGUAAACGGUUAUAAAAUUAACAAAAUACAUAGCUAGUUAGAUAUUUACGGUAUUACACAUAGUUACAUUCGUACAAAAACUCUUAGCGAACACUUCUACGAACAACAAGAUAUAAAACAAGAACGAUAUUUAGAGCAAAACGUUUUCCAAGUCCUUGGCCUAUUAACAUCAAAACAUGCAUUAACUUUUUUAGUGUAUUGAAUAUGGGGUUUAAGUUUCAGUGACUGAAAAAAAAAAUUGUAACUUGUAAAAAAAAUUGUAACUUGUCAAGGAAAAUUUCUCAAGGAAACGUCUUGACUGUGUUCGCGUACUGAUAUCUAUUUUAUGUAAUUGUUUUAGCGGUGGUGCCUUUGAUGACGCCAUGGUAUCUCCCCGCUCCAGAAGGGAAAUUCGAGGGUACAUGUAACUUUUCAUUGACAUGAAUAUUUUAUGUAUUUACCAUAUCAGAGCAAUCUUCGUGUAGAUUUAAUUUUUUCCUUGUUUCAUCCAGUUUUUCGUCAGAAUGUCCGCCAUCGCCCCCUGCCAAACAGGAAAUUCACUUCUGGAUGGACAAAAAGUGAGUUCAUACAUAUAUUAUUAACAUGAUUUGUGUCUGAAUUAUUCUGCUUGCUCAAUAAAAAGAUGCAAUAGCUUCGUUUCAUCUCUCGAUUUGGUUUGGUGCAGAGUUUAUACUAUCAUGUUAUUUUCUUGUUUUGUCCAGGCCAACCACCUCACCUAAAGGAGAACACUCGCUGAAAGAAUUGAGCAAACGCGCUAAAUGUAAGUCAGCAGUUCAACUAUUACACAACUUAACUUUAUACUAGAUAGCUCUACCAGUUCUAAACUGUUCUUCCUAGAGGUCCAGUAAGGAUCAUCUCUUAUUGAUCCAGUGUUACUACAGGAGGAAACCUAAACUAAACUAACUUUAUUUAUACUGGAUAGUUCUACCAGUUCUAAACUGUUCUCCCUAGAGGUCAAGUAAGGAUCAUCUCUUAUUGAUCCAGUGUUACUACAGGAGGAAACCUAAACUAAACUAACUUUAUUUAUACUGGAUAGUUCUAUCAGUUCUAAACUGUUCUCCCUAGAGGUCCAGUAAGAGUCAUCUUUUAUUGAUCCAGUGUUAUUACAGGAGAAAACCUAAACUAAACUAACGUUAUUUAUACUGGAUAGAUCUAUCGCUUCUAAAUUGUUCUUCCUAGAGGUCCAGUAAGGAUCAUCUCUUAUUGAUUUAAUGAAACCAAAUGAGCAUUGUGUUUUUUUCCUUCCAGCAAUGAAAAAGAAAAUCAAAGAUUUUGAAGAGAAAUUUGAAGAAGAAAAUGGGUAUAAGGUAUGUGAGAACGCAAUAUUCUUCUCAAACAUACGAAACAAUUCGUCUCUAUUGAUAUGGAAAUGGUAGUAGCACAUUCAAAAUAAAUUGUCUUUCUUGAACUGUAGCCCACACAAGCCCAGGACAGAGCGCCAAUCAAGAAGUAUUUAUCUGAACUGAAUAAAACACAACGAUUGAUGCAAGGUAUGCUGCAAAAAGACGUUAGUUUAUUCAAGUAACUGGCGCACUGUCUCACUCUGUUUUUUCGUUUGUAUUUCAGAAAUGAAAGAAAAGAGAUUACAAGGUUUGAUUAUAAUUUAUUUUUGUGUAAUUUGUAUGCUCAUAUCUUUCUUUGCUAAGAUGUUUUUUCAUUCCUACAGGAGAACGAACGUCAUUUGAAGUUCCCUCUCAAAAUCCUUCAUCUGUGAAAGGUAGAUAUAAUUUAAUAUCCAUUUCACAUCCACAUUUUCAGUGAAGUCCUGUAUUACUCUUCAAUGGAACUACUUAUAAAUAAACAAACCUAAAUAGCUAAAUCAUGAGUCAUGUUUAUAAAUCGUUUGUUCAAUUUUGCGAGAGUAACUCAAGUUGAAUCGAGGGUUGAUUACAGACAAUAGUACUUUUACAUUUACUUUUUACUUCAAGUAUUUUUUAAGGAUACUUUGUACUUUUACUUAAGCACGUUUUGCCGCCAGUACUUUUUACUCUUACUCAAGUCGUUUUAUUGUUAAUUACUUCUACUUUUACUCGACUACAAAUUCAAAGUAAUUUAGGCACCACUGCAGUUAGGUUAAGAAACUCGAUGCAGACAAAAUAGAUCUCAUUAUUUAUGUUUUUGUCUGGUUUAUGCAAGAAAUGGUCAAUUUAUCGUCACGUGUGUAUUGUAUUCUCGCCUAACUAAACAAUGGCAGUGUGUUGGUAUAAUUACCCAGUCGUGAUAUUACACAAUGGUUAAAUGAAAACAUAGCUCUAUUGGUUGAAAAACGCCAAUAUGGCCGUGAUUUCAAAACCGUCGAUUAAUCGGCUAGUAUCUAGUUCUGAUUGCUUUCAUGUGAUGUUUUAGGGACAGAACCUCUGCUAACGACAGUGCCUGGCAAUGUGGAACAAUCUUUGGAAAAUUCUUUGAGAAAAUUGAAAGAAAAACGAGAGUCGAAUAGCCGCCCGGAAAAUGUCGAUGUAAGAUUCCAGCAUAGACAAUCCAGAAGACAUUCUGGAUGUCUUCUGGAUUGUCUAUGAUUCCAGUGAAAAUAUAUUAUCUUCUGUUUGCUUGCCAAGUGUGGACUGCGGAUAUCGCUUCGAGAACAUUAUAUGAUCUUUAAAAUUUACCUUUAAAAUUGUAUUGUUUAUUUCCAAUAGGAAAUGAGCCGAGAUCAAUUACAAGAUGAAAAAUUGGCCGUCCAGAAGGCUUUGUUGCAACAUGAAAACACAUUUGGAAGGCCGGUAUGCUUAUUACUUUAUUCAAACGUAUAGGUUCAGUGUAAGUAGGCCUAGUAUUCUGAAAUGAGCUGUCGUGGUUUGUGUCUGAACUACCUGAAAAAGAUCUCUCAAACGUGGUGGUCCGAAUUCUAUAGUUUAUCUCACAGUAAUGCAUUCUCUAUUUCAGACAACAAAGCGAGAUAAAGAUAUAAUGAAGCCACUGUAUGAUCGCUACAGAACGAUCAAGCGAAAGAUAACAAACUAUAGUUUGGUAAGCGAAUGUUGUUAUACUCUGUUAAAUAUUUUCUAUCAAUAGGCAGUUCCAGCUAUGGACUAAAUUUUGAUCUCGGUACGAAGAACAAAAUCCAUCACCACAGCUAGAAAGAGCAUGUUUGGUUGCAUGCGAAAUGUUAUAAAGUGCGGAAAAUAUAGCCCUACGAAAUUUUGUAUUAAUUUGUAUUACGCCAGAACUCCCUUUUCAAAUGCCAGAACUCCCUUUUCAAAUGCCAGAACUCCCUUUUCAAAUGCCAGAACUUGGUUUUCAAAUGCCAGAGCUUCUUUUUCAAAUGCCAGAACUACCUUUACAAAUGCCAGAACUACCUUUUCAAAUGGCAGAACUCACUUUUCAAAUGCCAGAACUUCCUUUUCAAAUGCCAGUACUCCCUUUUCAAAUGCCAGAACUCUCUUUUCAAAUGCCAGAACUCCUUUUUCAAAUGCCAGAACUCCUUUUUCAAAUGCUAGAACUCCCUUUUCAAAUGCCCGGGCUCCAUUUUCAAACGCCAGUACUCCUUUUUAUAGUAAACUGAUAAUUAACACGUUGUAUAAUUUAUAUAUAUAACUUGCAUGUAAUUCAUGCAGUGGGAAAGGUAUGGAGUUUUCGAAUGACCUUUUCUAUUAUUUCUGGUUUAUAUAGAAAGACUUUUCUUCGUCACCGCAAGGUCUCAAAUCGAAAGAUAAAACGGACAGAAGGUAAAGUACUAGCUUAGUGAAUUUAGUCCAUUAACUAAAAAUUAAGCAAUAAUUCCUGGUGAAUUUUAGCAAAUAAAGCCUGGUUUAUCAAAGUUUUUGUGAUCACUGCAUAAUAAAUUCUAAGUUUUGAAAGAUUUGUAAGAAAUGUUUGAGGAAACCGACUCACUGAGUCAAUUCCCUCAAACAUUUCUUACAAAUCCUUCGAAACUUAGAAUUUACCUAUGCAAAAUUCCUACUGUGAUCACAGAAACUUUGAUAGUGUAAACCAGGUUUAAGUUUUGUGUACGAAUGAUCUAAACUUUUUCAUUUUUGGGAACUUUUGCAGGAAAACGUCCCCCGAACGACCAAAUGAGUUGGAUAUGACAUCAGUUUCGCUAGGUACAGUGUGUUUUUAUGUUGACAAAAAUGUUAAAUGAUAUUUUUACUUUCUUUACGCGAGCUUUUGAAUUUAUGUUUAAUUCUCUGUAUUCGUUUCUCAGUUAACACGCUUACGCUGGGCAGCACCGCAUCAGAGACGGUGUCACGCUUAGCCAAGUCAUUGCCAGCCACAACCAGCAAGGUUUGUAUCUGUGAAAUUUGAAAGCGUCCAGUAUAAAUAAAGUUAGUUUAGGUUUCCUCCUGUAGUAACACUGGACUAAUAAGAGAUGAUCCUUACUGGACCUCUAAGAAGAACAGUUUAGAACUGAUAGAACUAUCCAGUAUAAAUAAAGUUCGUUUAGUUUAGAUUUCCUCCUGUAGUAACACUGGAUCAAUAAGAGAUGAUCCUUACUGGACCUCUAAGAAGAACAGUUUUGAACUGAUAGAACUAUCCAGUAUAAAUAAAAUUAGUUUAGUUUACAGUAGGUUUCUUCCUGUAGUAACACUGGAUCAAUAAGAGAUGAUCCUUACUGGACCUCUAGGAAGAACAGUUGAGAAUUGAUAGAUCUAUCCAGUAUAAAUAAUGUUAGUUUAGUUUAGGUUUCCUCCUGUAGUAACACUGGAUCAAUAAGAGAUGAUCCUUACUGGACCUCUAGGAAGAACAGUUUAGAACUGAUAAACCUAUCCAGUAUAAAUAAAGUUAGUUUAGUUUAGGUUUCCUCCUGUAGUAACACUGGAAAAAUAAAGGUUGACAGACCUCUAGGUAGAACAGAACUUUAUAACAACAUUUUCUCGCUCUUUUGAAUUAGAAUUUAUUCGACAAUGACAUGUCUCCAGUGUCCCCCCUGACUAUAUGUGUUGAUAAGCCUGGAAACAUUACACUUGAUGCAGAUGAUCCGGGGGGAGGGGAUGAUCUUACCGACGGUGCGGAAGAGCUUUUGACUGCUAAAGAUCCUGAUGCAAUAUUACAUCAAGCCUCAACGUAAGUUUUGCAUUCUUUUGUUGGGCGAGAAUUUUCUGAGACACAUUUAUUUUUCCUUCAUCCAUGUGUAUAUGUUUUUAAAUUUAUUUUCUAUUUGUUCAUGUAUAAAAGGUUCUAAAGUUAAUGAACAAAAAAUUUAAAUUUUAACAUUUAACAUUGACUGUUUUAUUUUAUAUUUUGAGAGGCUAAUGUUUUUGCCUUUAUCUUACUGUAUCUCUGAAUAGGGACGAACUCCUGGAACAACAAGCGUCUGCUUUGAAACGGAAGAAAAAAUUAAGAAAAAAACUCAAAGCUUUUGAGGAUCAUUUUGCGAAGAAAACGGGCAGGUAUGUCUCAGGAUAAAUGAAAUACAAGUCAAACGAGAACAAAAGUUACAUGAGAGUUGAGAAGCGAGGGUUUACAUGAGAGUUUUCUCAACUUUCAUUGCUUGACCAAACGAGAACAAGAGUUGCAUGAGAGUUGACAAGCGAGAGUUUACAUGAGAGUUUUCUCAACUUUCAUUGCUUCAUCAAACGAGAACAAGAGUUGCUUUACCAAUAUGCCCAAAUAAUAAUCUGGAUGUGUUUUUAUUUCUCAGAAAAGUUCAAAAAGAAGACAGAGGCUCGCAUGAAGGCGACUACGAAGAAUAUAAGGUUUGCUUUAUUUCUUUAUCAGCGGCUUUGGCUUUAUUAUUUCUCCCUUUGAAUUCAGUUUUCAAUAUCUAUUACAGUUUGAAAAUACAUCAACCAUUUUGUGAAUGUUUCACAAGUUCAAAUUUCAAAAUAACUUUUUUUGACCAAUAGUCUUUAGGACGUAAACUCGGCAUACUUUUAAAAUAUAUCACUCCAUUGAGAUAUGUCGACAUGACUUGAUGAAUUGUGAGGUAUUUUUCAACGCAAAACAUCGACUUUUGUUUCUCUUUACAGAAAAUCAAAGCACGUCUAAGGCUGCUAGAUGCACUCAUCACAAAACAACAGGGAAAUAAUACCAUAUAAUCACACAAAUAAACUAUAUAUAUAUAUAGAAAGCUGUGGAAUUGAUAUUGUAAAUAUAUAUACUAUACAUUUAUAUUCAGUUAUGUUGGUUGCCUUGGGCUUUUUGUUGAUCAAUAUUGAUUACACGGGGAAUUCUGUUUGUAUCAUACACCAUUAUAGAUUUUCGUAAAUAAAAAUAUGCAUCCCAU